CACCGAAAUUACAGGAAUUUCUUGUCAAAUACUCAAAGUAGUACUACUUGAGAGUUUAGUACAAAGUCAAAAGAGCCUCAUCAACAUCAAUCCAAUCCUCCAAAGGCAAGUCUCAGCUACAUCAAAGAUGGCUUCGGAUGAUGCACAUAAUUAUUAUCCGCCAUCGUCAUUGUGGCACGAUUUUGAAAAGGAAAAUCAUCGAAUGAACAAAAUCAUUGUCUUAACAACAAUUUCUGUAUUCGUGAUCAUCUUUCUAGUUACAAUGAUGCGAAUAUGCUUAAGAUGUGUUCUCCAGCGACCAAGGAGGCCGGCUCUUCACCAGCCAAGGAUCACUGCCACCGCCGGCGACGACGAGCCUAAUGAAUUCCGAAGACCAGCAGGGCUCGAUCCAUCCAUCGUUGCUUCAUUACCCAAAUUCAUCAUCAAGAAACGAGACAGGGACGCCAAAUAUGUGGAAACAGGGGCAAAAACAGAGUGCUCUGUUUGUCUAAGCUCUUUUGAAAUUGGUGAACAGGCUCGGAAGUUACCAAAUUGUGGGCAUACAUUUCACGUUGAAUGUAUUGACAAAUGGCUUACUUCACAUUCAACAUGCCCAAUUUGUCGAACCGAAGCUGAGCCCAGGCUGGAUUUAUCAGCAGUGCAACCCGAACCGAGGGAAGGUGUAACUAUUGGUGUUCCUUAUGAUCUUGAAAGGAUGUGAAUUUUGGGUAUCCACUGUCGACAAUAGUGACUAAUCCCUCGCUAAAUUGUAGGCAUCUCAAUGGGUGGGACAGCUGAACAAAGUAUUAUUA